ACAAUCCACACAGAGGGAACUGAAGAAACAAACGGCGCGCGCGCACACACACACCCGCUACAAUGAGAAGGAAUAAAUCCGCGCUGCAUAUACGGACGGAAGGCGCCUGAAGGGGCUGCAUUUUAGAUGAUUUCGCUUGAAUGUACCUGAGGAAUCUCUGGACCAGGAUUACAAAAUGAUAUGUAAUUUAAAGCGCCUAUAACGGAUCUUUUCUUCAUCUCCUCUCCUUUAUUUCGGGUUUUGCCUCCUGUAUUCAUUGUGCCCAAUGAGAAGAAUUAAGCUAUCCCUCCAUUCAGUUCCACUCAAAAGGAGGGAGGAAAAAAAACAGAGGGAGAUGAGAGCAGCAAAUCCCUUUUUUAUUCAUCUUGUAGCGUUCAAUAAGUGAACAAUGUGUCGCCUAUCAGUCACCGAGGGGAUCAGGUCUACGGGACUGUCCCACGCGCUCAGUGCUGUGAGCAGAGCAUCACUAACACACAGACUGUAAGAGCAGCAGCAGCAGCAGCAGUUGCGCUGGCAUCCCAUCCAGGACCCUUUCUGUGAUUCAACACUGAUUUUAUGAAUAAACGCUGACCAACGCUGUCGGGCGCACUGGAAUGUGGAGUGAUAUCAUGCGGGUUCUCGCGUUGCUUCUCGCAGUUAAAGCGGCAUGUGUCCUCCUGGUGUCCUCUCUCACCGGCACAGGGGCGGUCAACAACAGCGGCCGGUGGUGGGGUAUAGUGAAUGUGGCAUCCUCGGGAAAUCUCCUCACCAACUCUAAGAAUGUGCAGCUGGUACUCGACCCAAGCCUGGCACUGUUAAGUCGCCGCCAGAGAAAACUGAUCCGGCAAAACCCUGGCAUCCUUCACGCAAUUGCAGCAGGUCUGCAUACAGCAAUCAAAGAAUGCAAAUGGCAGUUUCGUAACCGCCGCUGGAACUGUCCUACUACCCACAGCCCCAAUGUCUUUGGCAAAAUUGUCAACCGAGGUUGCCGAGAGACUGCGUUUGUGUUUGCCAUCACGAGUGCUGGUGUUACUCACGCCGUGGCUCGGUCCUGCUCUGAAGGAGCCAUUGAGUCCUGCACCUGUGACUACCGGCGCCGGGGUCCUGGAGGGCCAGACUGGCACUGGGGAGGCUGCAGCGACAAUGUGGAGUUUGGCAGGAUGUUUGGACGAGAGUUUGUGGAUUCCAGCGAGAGGGGCAGAGAUCUACGCUAUCUGACCAACCUGCACAACAAUGAGGCAGGGCGAAUGACGGUCGCAUCAGAGAUGCAGCAGGAGUGCAAGUGUCACGGGAUGUCUGGAUCCUGCACUGUGCGAACAUGUUGGAUGAGACUUCCCAGCUUCCGUGUAGUGGGAGAUUACCUGAAGGACCGUUUUGACGGCGCAUCCCGAGUUGUGUACGCCAACAAAGGCAGCAACCGCGCAUCCCAUCGAGCAGAUCCCCGACACCUGGAACCAGAAAACCCAGCGCAUAAACUCCCUUCAUCUCGGGACCUCGUCUACUUUGAAAAAUCACCUAACUUCUGUUCCUACAAUGGCAAAACUGGAACACACGGCACAUCGGGACGUACCUGCAACAGUUCAUCGCCAGCACUGGACGGGUGUGAGCUGCUGUGCUGUGGAAGGGGAUACAAGACUCGAAUGGAGCAGGUCACCGAAAGAUGCCACUGUACUUUCCACUGGUGCUGCCAUGUGAGCUGCCUCAACUGCACCAGCACGCAGACUGUCCAUCAGUGUCUAUGAGGAGCAAACACAACC